UACUACGUGUUCAGUCCUAGGGUCAGAGUCCGCUUCCUAGAACGAUUGUGGGUGGUACUGUCACCACCUGAUUCAGUGGGGUGAGAUGCGCCACCCGUUUAAACGACGUGACAGUGGGUUAGUCUGCAUAGCUCUCAUACUCGUGUUGUAGUUUAGCAUCAAAUCAGAUAAAAUGGCUAGCUUAAAAAGGAAAGUGUUAACGUUAGACUGCAAAGUAGAAAUAAUUAAAGCAGUUGAAAGUGGAAGAAAAAAGGCAGAUGUAUGCAGAGACUUUGGUUUAGCAAAUUCUACAGUGUGCACAAUAAUAAAAAACAGAGAGAAAAUUUUGAAAAGUUUUCAAGAUGGCAAGGGACAAGUGAAAAAAAUUAAGUUAUGUGAAAAAGCCAAUAUUGAUGACGCUCUAAUUAAGUGGUUUAACCAAUGCAGAAGUUCCAACUUACCACUAAAUGGACCAAUACUAAUGGAAAAAGCAGAAGAAUUUGGACGACUACUAGGCGAUACUAACUUUAAAUGUUCUAAUGGAUGGCUAGACCGUUUUAAACAAAGACAUAACAUAAGUUUUGGGAAAGUGUGUGGAGAAGCAAAAAGUGUAAAUUUACUGGACGUUGAAAACUGGUUAAGAGAUGUGUGGCCUAAACUAAGGGGAGAAUAUGCAGAUGAAGACAUUUAUAAUGCAGAUGAAACCGGGAUAUUUUACAAACUUUUACCGGAUAAAACAUUUAAAUUUAAAAACGAAAAGUGUGUUGGUGGAAAACUUGCGAAAGAUAGGAUAACAGCUUUUGUUUGCGCUAAUAUGACUGGUACAGACAAAAGAAAACUUCUUGUAAUAGGAAAAUCAAAGAAUCCAAGAUGUUUUAAAAACAUAAAAACACUACCAGUAAAUUACAAAGCGAACAAAAAGUCAUGGAUGACGUCUGAGAUUUUUGAAGAAGAAAUUCGAAAAUGGGAUAAAGAACUUAUUGGUAAACGAAAAAAAGUUUUACUCCUUGUCGAUAAUUGCCCAGCACAUCCAAUUUUAGAAAAUUUAAAGAACAUCAAACUUGUAUUCCUUCCUCCGAAUUGUACUAGCGUACUUCAACCAAUGGAUCAAGGAAUUAUAAGAAGCCUUAAAUCUCACUUCAGAAAAAUUCUUUUACAAAAAAUUAUAACAAAUAUGGAAGAUAAAAAUAAAAUGGCAAUUUCUUUAUUAGAUGCAGUUGAUUUUUUGGAAAAAUCUUGGUGUAAGGUUAGUUCGCUAAUAAUAGCAAACUGUUUUCACCAUGCAAAAUUGUGUAAUAGUCAAACAGCUAUUACAUUUACGAAAGAUGACAAUGAGGACGAUGACAUUCCUUUAUCGGAAUUAAUUAAAACACUUCAGAGUUCAGAAAACGGCGAAUUUUUGUUAACUGCUGCUACUGAAUAUGAGUGUGUAGAUGAAAAUUUAAUAACAUCUCAAUUUUAUACAGAUGCAGAUAUUAUUGAGCAAAUUAAAUGUUCAGACGAAAAAAAUGUGGAUGAUGAUGAUGAUGAUAAUGAUGAUAAUGAAGAAGAUGAAAUAUCAAACAGAGAAACUACAGUGCCGUCAACUAAGGAAGCGAGUAAUGCGAUAAAAUUAUUGAAAAUGUUUUACAGGUCUCGUAAAACUUCAUCGGAAAUAAUGAACAAAAUCUAUGACUUAGAAAAUGACAUUGAUAAACAAUUUUUAGGUGAAAAAUGCCUACAAUCUAAAAUAACUGACUUUUUUUAAGUGAAUAUUUUUAUUGUUUCUUUUUAAUUGAUAUACAUUAAUUUAACCUAAAAGUGAAAGAUAUUGGACUUCAUGUCCAUUGAUAGAUAAGCAAGAAACGAGAAAAUUA